AUGUUUAAACAUGCUGAACCCAGCCUGGGCUAUGUCGCCUCGGCUCGCUUUGCUCGCUACCGAGAUGGAUCAAUCUCAGCCAAAUCGGUGGAUGCGAGUGGCACAGCCACUGGCGAGGAUAGCUAUGUUGCGGCUGCUUGUCGUGAGAAUAAAAUGACCAAACCUUCACGGGGGUACAAAGAGAUCACCGUUAUACAAAACCAGCAAUGCACGUCAGUUCGGAUGGAAGAGCCAAAAAGCAGCAUCGACUCCCAUAUCAUGCGAUCGAUGAGUGAAAUGAGUGGUAUUGGAAACUCAUCACCUGCGUUAUUCCAGCCCAAGCGGGAAUACCAAGGCACGAACAAACCGUUGGUAAGCAAGAUGGAUGAUCUACCUCAGGUCCGGGAUAGAUUCCUUGGACAGGUAUGCAUAUCCUUCCCUGUAUUGGACAUUGAGAGCGUCACGAUUCGCUCUCGGCUAGUUCUGCCGCAAGCCGGACUGGGCGGUUACCAGACUCCGCCGAGAUGGAGGUAUGCGUUGGAUGUACACGAACAGGCAAGACAUCCGAAUGGUCCAAAUGGUGAUGAUUUGUACAACAGCUACCAAUGA